AUGAAGACCACCCAGACAGUAGCUCUCGCCGCCGCCCUCUUGUCAAUCGUUUCAUCAAAGGCUACUCCCACUCAACCUAAGUCUCAACUCAAGUCUACACCCAAGAAGACGAUUGACACCACUAGCCUCCAUUUCUACAAUGGCACAUGUACUGCGGAAACCAUCCGCGUCCGUAAAGAAUGGCGAAACAUGAGUCGGAGCGAAAAGAGUGCAUAUCUUCAGGCUGAGCAAUGUUUGUUCAACCUCCCUGCCGCAACAAUCUAA